GGAUCUGUGACGAGACUUCUACUUACUCGAAAUGAUGAGAUGUUGGAGCCAAGCGCAAUCCCAUCGUUGGCACUCGAAGUUCAUCGCCAAUCUCAUCGUUUGCUCAGUUUUAUACGCGUUUUUCUAAGGAAAAAUUAUGACCGUUUUCUCCAAGCUAGUACCGACAGUCAUAAGUGCAUACAUUCUGCAAACAGCGUGUGCACUUACCUUUGUUCCUCAGGCCAACGAAAAGUUUUACGAUCUCUCUGGUGCAAUCGGCUUCCUUACCACGACCUUCGUAUCUCUUUAUUAUCCGACACUCAAGGCUCGUUUCUGGGAUGGUAUUCCUAUGUCAUUUCCCCCUAUCACCAGCUUCGCUCCUCGCCAGCUACUCGUAAGUGCUGCCCUUGGAGUGUGGAGUGUCAGGCUGGGCAGCUUUUUGGCCAUGCGUGCAAUUAAGGCAGGUGGGGACUCUAGAUUCGAUAGGAUUAAGCAUGAUCCCAAAAAAUUUACCUAUUAUUGGAUGGCACAAGCAACUUGGAUCUGCCUCGUCGGUCUUCCUGUUUACUUGACGAACGCUCUUCCAGCGGCUUUGCAUCCUCCCUUGGGACCGCGUGAUUACGCUUCUGUAGGUCUUAUCGCGGGGUCACUCAUGCUUGAGGUCCUCGCCGACCGUCAAAAAUCUGCUUGGCGUCACCGGAAAGAUAAUAAAUUGCACGAUGAAAAAUUCAUAACCAGAGGUUUAUGGAGCGUGAGCAGGCAUCCCAAUUAUGUGGGCGAGGUUGGUAUUUGGACAGGCGUUUGGGCGCUCUCGACUGCGUCGCUUCAGACAGCCCAUUAUCCCAUCGGUUCUGUUGUUCUCGCUGUUGCUAGUCCUGUGUUUACUUAUCUUCUAACGCGAUACGCAUCCGGUGUACCUCCACUUGAAAGAGCUGGGGACAAAAAAUUUGGGGAUGAUCCGAAGUGGCAGGAGUAUAAGAGGACUGUUCCUAUCUUCUUCCCUUGGGGAGGUGUUCAAUGAUCCCUGCGAUGUCUGAAACAAACGGUUGGCGAGUUUAAUGGUCUUGGUCCUUGUAACGUUUAUGGUUAUUAGGUAGUGUAUUUGUAGCGAGUUGGCAUGUGUUUUCUCCAUUUGAGUCGAACAUCAUGAUCACGGUGUCUUUGUCAAUUGCGGUAUGUGUAUACGUGUCUAUAUGUAUAUGUAGAUACAUAUUUUCCACCUCACGAUCUGUGGACUCUGACAUGAGUCUUCUCUGAACAUUUUCAAUAUUUCGCAU